GCAAGCGCCACCUGGUGAGACUGCUGGAGUCUGGAGAUGCGAUUGUCUUUCAUCAGCAUAAGUGUUGGGCGUGUCAGCGCAUACACGGCUUCGAGGCAUGGAUGCGGCUCAACUCAUCGCAGACGGCACCUCUACGCGUGUUUAACGUGAGCAAGUGGCACCCGGCGUGGGAGCCUGUGCACAUAGGAGCGCGGGACUAUGAACCGCUGUACGAUGAGAGGUUCUAUAGGGACGAUCUGCGAGACAACUUACAUCAGUUGUACGAGCUGUGUAGAGCCAACUAUGACUUCCACGUACUCGACGAUGCCUUCCUGGUGCAUUCUCCAGGCAUAGACAAGGGACGACGCCUGACAGAGCGAACAAACAUGAGGCUGUACUACAGUGCCGUGAAAGACAUCGAUAGACGAUACGUCGAUCGCAACUCCACGAAAGAGUUUUGCACGGAAAGUCGUAAACCCUCUAAGAGGUUUCGCAAGUAUUUGCAAUCGUCGAGCUAGACAUGGUGUCGACGUCGCACGUCGUCGGCGUGCUUCUGUCCACACAAAGAUACCGUUAAUCAAACACAAAGAUGACAUCAAACAAACUCCAGGCGUAUGCCGGCUUACACCAACUGAUGGAAUGUAGAAAAUUUGAGAAAUACACGUAG